CAUUUCUGACAUUUAUACAUACAUAUUAUAUACGCCAUAUUUGUCAGAACAAGUGUUCUGGGCCAAAAUCUUGUAGGAAUUUAGAAAAAUAAUGUUCUAUAUAUAUAGAUCAAUCCCUUGAGUGUUUUUCUGUUUGAUUUCUUAUUUUUGCUAGAUAAUUUUAUUUUGUUUUGACAAUAGGUAAAUUUGUUAAGAUAAUUUUGUUUUAGGUGAAAAUUUUCUUGAUUUUAAAGGUGAAAAAUGGGUACAGAGGUUUUGAGACCACAAGAUUGUUUAGGAGAAAGGUUCCGGCUGUCUCCGGCGGCGUUUCAUCGCCGGAAAAGCACGAAACACGGGGAAGCUGGUUACCGGAAGCCGGUUUUCCGAUCUGAAAGGUGGGAUCAGAAUCAGAAGAAGAAAUUCAACAACCAACAGGAAAAUUUCAUAUCCAAAAAAUCAUCAAGAGCCGAUGCGUUGAAAUCCAGAAUUAAUAACGGGCCUGUUAUGGGGCAGGUCACCAUUUUGAGAAGAGGGGAGUCAUUAGAUUCUCUAAAUCCGAAAAUUAACAGCAGCAAAAAAAUGGGUUCAGCAAAGCAGAGUCCAGUUGAUGAUAUGGUGGUUUAUGGGACCGGAAGAAUCGGUCCUGACACUCCAGAAAUGGUGCCCAAGCAGAUCCGGCUGGGGGCGCGGCCUCCGGCAGCAGGCAGGGGUGUUGCAGACAUCUACGCCGGAUCGGCGUUUUCCAUGUCUCCUUCUCCUAGAUCUCUGCCUGUACCUUCGUUCUUCAACAACAAGACACAAAAUAGUGCAAGCAAAGUGUUCGACGAUUCGGCUACAAGAGAUUUGAGGCGAUUGCUUCGUCUUGAAUGAAAAAUUCAGUUAGAGUUGUUGUUAUCGGCUUUUUAGGUUCUUAUUUCUGGGAUCUGGGAUUCAUUCUGUGAAAUUUUUUGACCACGGAUGAAUCUUGUGAUCGAGAAUUGAGAUGAAGAAAGCUUUUCUGUUCAUGUAUUUAGCUCUAUCUAUGAUGUUGUAAUUAAUGGUGGUGGAUUCUGGGGUUGCUAAUUUUAGGGAGGUUGUGAAGUGUUGUGUUAGUUCA